AUGGUUGAUAAUGAAUUGAUAUAUUUAUUACUAUUGAUUGUUGUUGUUUAUGUUAUUGGGAAGAUAUUUCAAUUGGUUAAGGAUGUUCCUGAUUUAUAUCUUAAUGAACAAUCUAUAAUUGAACCAGUUAGAUUGGAAAAUGAAAGCUCAGUUUAUCAUUCAAAUAAAAAUUUCGGAUUAAGGAGUGGGUUAGAUAUUAGAUAUGAUUCAUAUAAAUUAAGAAAUGGCAACUUGUUUGAUGUUUGGGAAAUUGUGUUGAAUAAUGCUAGAAAGAAUGGAGACAGGGGAUUGACUAUAAAUGGAAAAUUGGUCAAAUUUGGUGAAUUGAAUUCAAUAUUGCAAAAUAUUCAACUUAAAGAACAAACAAUAAAUUUGCCAUUGUCAUCUAGUGUUGACUUAAACUGGUUAGUUGUUUUAUUAUAUGGUUUCCUUAAUCAAAUUCCGGUACAGUUCUCAAAAUCACAAAGUACAAGAUUUGAAAUACCUAAUUAUAAAAAUACCCUCGAUUUUGAAAAUGAAUAUCAUCCAGACAAAGAUAAAGGUAUUGCUUUGAGAUUCAGUGGUGAUAAAGUGGUUGAAUUUACUCAAUUGAAUAUUAUUAGUGCUAUUGCAUCAACAAUAAAACAUCUCCCCCUAACAUACAAUUUCAAAAAUAAAACAAUGUUAUUAAUUCCACCGAAAACAGGCUCAAAUGAAGAAAUAUUAAAUUUCAUAGCUAAAUUAUUAGUAGGAAUGAUCGAAAAUUGUCAAAUUACGAUAGGUGAUAAAUUUUCACCAGAUUAUGAUAUUAUAUCACUUCAUGAAUCGCAACUACCAUAUAGAGAACCAUCAUUUUGGCAAGCACCAUUAUUGCAAUUAUUAAAAUUGGGCAAGUACCCAUAUAACAACGAAAGACUCAUGUAUAUAAACAACAGCAUAUCUUCAAAACCAAUAUUCUCACCAUCACAAUUGAAUAAAUUACGAAUUUCAUAUAAAUGCAGAAUUAUAAAAGAGUUUGGGUAUUUUAAUAUGGUUGGACCAGUUAUACUUACUGAUUAUUUCGAUUAUAGAGAGUUUAGUAAUUUGUUUGGGUGUAUUUUUCAAAGUAUUGAUAUUAAAUUAAUUAAUGGAUAUUUAUCAAUUAGGGGUUAUACAAUUGGUAAAACUACAAUAGAUAAUAAAUUGGAAUCUAAGGAUAAUAAUGGAUUCAUGCCAGUGGACAUUAAAGGUAAAUGGGGAAGAGAUGGAUGUUUAUACAUUCAACAAUAA